AUGCCUGGCACUAUUGUCAUUGAGAAGAUUCAGGGCCAUGGUGUUUCAGAAGAGAUGCUCGCUCAAGCGGCUGAGCUCUUUUCCUCUGACUAUGGAAUCUGGGGUCCUCUUGCUGAAGAGAAAAUGGGCACAUUUGGUAACUUCUGCAAGGCGGCCUUCGGAGAUGGAAUCGAAAAGCUGAAUUUGAGCGGGAUCAAGGAUCUUGUACCCGCCGUUAUGAAGUCCUCGCCAGUUCCUUAUGUCAAGAUGGCUAAACCUACGGGCUCCUUGUUUGAUCAGGGUGAUCAGACAGGUGCUGUUUGCUGCGCUGACACUGCAUUCUGGGUUGAUCACGCUGAGCCCCUGGCUGCGCUGGAUGUCAUCAAGGAGGACGGUAUAAAGUGGCCGUUUGGAGACUUGCCUGACGGCUGCGAGUUCUUGGCUUUCGUCAGUAGGUAG